UCUGAACUCAAAGCAUAAAGUUCCUGAAGAAAUACCAUUUAGCAUAUUGUGCAAUGUACUAAUGACUCAAUUAAUAACAAAUUAUCAAGGACCACAGACGGGUACCAAACCUUAAAAGACCCUUAACAAAAGCAAAAUUCACUUCAGAAGAGGAAAUAAUGCACGUAACAAACUGUGGGGACCUUCAUUGUGGGUUGUGUGGAAUAAGGGAAAUGGGCAAAACCAAGGAAUUCAAGAAUGGGAAGGAAUUGGAGCUAUUGUCCAGAAUUCCCAAAACCAGGUGAGACGGUCCAUGGCAGUAAGUUCCAACAAGGUUUUGGAGGUAAAGGUGCCAACCAAUGUGUGAUGGCGAGCUUGUUAGGAGCCAAAACAGCAAUGGUUGGCAGGGUUGGUACAGACCAGUAUGGGACCAACUAUCUGGACCUUUUCCACAAAUAUUCAAUUAAUACAGAUCAUGUCAAAGUGACGGAACAAUCAAACACUGGUAUAGCGUCCAUCACAGUCAAUGAUAAAGGUCAGAAUAAUAUUGUCAUUGUGUCUGGAGCUAAUGAGAAGUUAACUGGGGAGGAUGUGGAGGCAAGCAUGGAUGUCAUCGGCACCAGUAAGGUUCUUCUUACCCAACUGGAAACACCAACAAAAACAACCUUAAAGGCUCUCCAGAUGGCCAAGAGACAGAAAGUGACAACUGUCCUCAAUCCAGCCCCUGCUCGACCCCAACUGGACCCAGACUUCUACAAAUUGGCUGAUUAUUUUUGUCCUAAUGAAACUGAGGCUGAACUACUCGUUAACAGACCCAUUAAGUCCGUGGAUGAUGCCAAAGCAGCCGUGCCAUUAUUCUUGGAACGAGGCUGUUCCAACGUCAUAAUCACGCUUGGUGCCCUUGGUUCUGUCUAUGGCAGCAAAGGGACCUCAGAAGUGACCCAUGUGCCUUCCUCUGUGGUCACAGCUGUGGACAGUACCGGUGCCGGUGAUGCUUUCAUUGGCAGUUUUGCAUAUUAUCUCUCCCACCAUCCCCACCUUGACCUCCGUGAGAUGAUUCGUCGGUCCAGUAAAAUAGCCUCAGUCAGUGUCCAGAAACCUGGGACCCAGACAAGUUUCCCGAGCAGGGAAGCCCUGUCAGCUGAUCUCUUUGCCUGAAGAGAAUCUCUUUAUCACACAACGCAGUUUAUAUUUUUACAACCAAGAAAUGUUCCUGAAAGCAAUACAUAUUGUUUAUACCAGUGGCCAUCAUGUGAGAAUGGAUUGACUAAGAAAUUAGGACUGUUUUUGUUUUUUUCCUUGUUAUGGCUGAAACAGGGGUGUGUUAUCAUGUAGCAAUUUUUAAUAAUAAAGAUGAAAUACUUUCACACACA